CUGCUCAAAACAUUUUGAAUGCUCUUGUAGUUACCUCCAGGUGCUGCUAAGCAUGGAUUGAAUAUGAACACUGCUUCAGCUUUUCAACAGGCAGGUGGCUAUGGACAGCAUGGAUACGGGACUGGUUAUGAGGAUUUAAACCAAGGGGGUGGAGCUGGAGAUUACAGCAAAGGUGCCUAUAGUGGGUCUACUCAAGCACAAACCAAAUCAGCUGCAGCUGGACCAGGGAAAGGUAUUUCGGUGAACUCUUCUAACAUUGUUCCUGAUAUGAGUGGCUCAGUAUACAAGACUCAGUCUUUUGACAAACAAGGAUUUCACGCUGGUACACCACCUCCGUUCAAUCUACCAUCGGCUCUUGGAGCAACAGGAACCUUAAACCCUGGUGCAGCUGCAGGAUAUGCUCCACCAUUUUUGCACAUUGUGUCAGCUCACCAGCAGCCUCAUUCUCAAAUGCUACAUCAUCACCUGCAACAGGAUAAUCAGGGUGGAUCUGGACAGCGCAAUCAGCAGAACAACAUACCACAGAAGUCUCAGGUUAACAAACCCAACUAUGGCAACUCUCCAUACUGGGGUAAUUAAACUGAAAGUUGUUGCCCCCUUCUGGUAAAAGGAAAAAAACUGGUUGGCCAAAUGUCUGUGUUGUUGCGGGGGGUGGAGCUAAAAUCUUAACAUUACCUUAAAUGUGACAGUUGCCUGCUUUUGAUUUGCUGUUGUAUGUAAUAUAUUUAUGUAUGUAUUUGUAUAUGUAAUAGAGCCUAGAUGUGGUUUCUGCACUUGAAGCCUUUCUUCAUGGGGGAAGAUUAAUAAACUCUCAAUAACAAUGCAUAUUUGUUUGAGCUCUGUGGGCUUUCUAAAUGAACAGUGUUUUCCAGUAUUGAAAAUGGGGUUUCCUUUGUUUUAACUCAGUUUAUGAAGAAUUCCAGGAAAGGGGUGGGGGUGUAGCAGUUUAGAAAUCCAGAUUCUGUGCAUAACUUUUUUUAGACCUAUCCUAUUAAUUUUGUAUCAAUCAAACUUGGACUAUCUUAAUUUUAAAUUUGCCACCUGAUUUUGUGGAUGAUUUUCAAACAACUGUUCGGAAACAAAAUUGUUUUUUUAAAGAAAUCAUUGUCCUUCUAAGAACUGUAUUUAUCUUGGUAUUUAUUUAAUAUUUCAAAAUGCACAGGCUCCAUAUGUCAAAUUAUAUACAUUUAUUUGGUAUGUUUCCCUUCUUGCCUAUGGUAAGCAGAGCUAGUAGUUUUGAAAAUCUUUACUUCCAAUAUAACAUCCCAUCCAGCAAUUUUGCUGUUAAUGUCAGGAGCCAGAAUGGUAAAUAUUUUAGUUGAAUUUCCUUUUAAACCCAAAGAAAACCUAAUAAAAGCUCUGAGCAAUUAAACCAUG